AUGAACCCUGCCUCUCGAAAGAAAGUAAAGCCAUCAUUUGUUUGCUUGCGGUGUAAGCAAAGGAAAACCAAAUGCGACAAACUCUGGCCUACGUGCUCCAAAUGUAAGGCCUCAUCCUCGAUUUGCACUUAUGAAGUGGAACGGGAACGGAGUAACAAACCUCCUGCAACUACUGAUGACCCCUAUAGAGACCUCAGAAAUGUUACUCCUGCAUCGAUGUCCACAAAUGCAUCUUCUACUUCUAUUCAGCUUCCAACAGCCAAUGCUAAAAACUGGGAAAUGAAAAACUUUGCCAUGAGUCUAUGGAAUGCGCAUGACAAGCUUGUUGUAAUGAAUAAUACAACUAUUGUUGAUAGUCCAUUUGCUUUCCACAGCAUUAUUCAACAUGAUUUGUUUGCUAAAGCUUUGACAACUUGCAUACACGGAAAAAUUCUAAUUGAUGUUGAACGCCAUCGUGAAAACGUCUCUACCAAUAAUAAAAGAAAAGAACUUAACUUAUCGAUCGGCGAAAUUGGUCCUCUGUUUUUUAUUGAUAAAGCUGCUCUCAAGUUUAUUGACAACACCUCCAAAAAAAGCAAAUUGUCUCCUCCAAUAGAUUUUCUAUAUAACACAUAUGAUUAUGAGCAAGCACAUCCUGAGGAAUGUAACGAAAAAACUUCCGUGAAUUAUCUUAUAAUAGAGUUAUCCAAUUAUCUACUUAAUAAGGGAGAAGUUGACGGUCUAAUCAUAAACUUCUACAAAACAAUUUAUCCGGUCUAUCCGUUUUUGGAAAUAUCACUAUUCGAAGAGAACAUGAAAAUGCUGCUAGAACUGAACGAGCUUAAUGGAUAUAACAUCGUAUUGACGGGUAUAGAUUCUAGGAGAAAAUUAGAGACUUUAACGCUGUUAACUAUCAUAUUGGCUUUUUCUCACAGACGCUCGACACUCUGUAAUAAUAAUACCUUUAACGAGUCUUCUCGUGCUAAAUCGGAUAAUUUAGAACUACUCGCCCAUAAAUUUCUUACUUUGAUGAACGUUUUCCAAUACGUUAAUGAACAUUCAUUUUGUUGUUUGUUAUAUUUUUUUCUACUACGAUAUUUGAAUCCGGAUCAGGUUGACAUGUAUCCUUCCUCUAGUGUUUUAUUGAAUCUAAAAUUCUUAGAGAAUGUGGCAAUAAAACUAGGAUUGAACGAAGAGCCCUUCCAAUACACUCGAUACAUUAGCGAAUGGGGCGAUUAUCCAAGACUAUUCAAUUUAAGAAGAAAAUUAUGGCUUGGCAUACAAUUUUUGAAGUUUCAAAUAUCAACCCCAGAAGGUGAGUCUGAUAUAUUGAGUCUAGAAUAUUUGCGAUCCUUUAUUAAAGGUGACGAAUCACUACCAGAACUUUUCCAAAAAAAUUGCGCCUUUACUAAUAAUCUAGACUUAUCACUAAUGACUACAGCAGAAAACGUCUAUAAUUUCCAUUUGUCCUUACAAGUAUUAUUAACCUCCUGUCAUCCAAUAAAUGGCACUUCUUACUUGAAGGAAGUAUUAGAUAACAUCGACAAGACCAAAGACUUUCUGAGUCAGAAAUUCCACAUUACUUUAAGUUCUUCGGAAAAGUCAAAACUGAAAAGCUUAUAUAUUAAUGUCCCUUCUCUCUUUGUAAAUGGUGAAUCCUUCGAUUUUAGCACUUUUGAAGAGAAUGAAACAUUUAUGGCUAAUUUGGUUGGCUAUACUUGCACAAUGAAUGUUUAUCAUAGCAUAUCGUUGUAUUUUGAGAGGCAAUGUUUUAAAAACUCGUCUGAGUUUAAAAAUUAUUAUCACCGCUUUACUUAUAGCGCCAUGCAAGAUUAUUUGACGUUACUAAAAUUUAUUUCAGAAUAUUUCAACGGAUGUCUAAACCAUUUACGAGAACCUUUUGGAUUUGCCACUCAAGCAAUUGUUCGUUUCUCAAUAAACCGAUUAUUUGUAUUUCAGGCCUCUUUGCUCGUGAAGUUGUUCUUUAAGAAGGAUAUGUGCAGCCGGCGCUCUGUAACUAUAGAGAUGGUGAAUGAUAGAAAUGGGGAACUUAAUGGAGUUAUUGAAAGAAUAAUCAGGCUAAUUUCCCAUCAUAUGAAGUUACUUACACAAAUAGUCACCUCAAACUUGGAAGAAAACUAUCUCGGUUCUUUCAUAACGGUCUCUAUUUUUAGGUAUAUCAUUUAUUUAGUGGACACUGACGCUCUCUCUGCGUUUAUAUCUGACUACUGGAAGAGUGAUGCUAAUGUGAAUGAUAAGUAUGCAAGAAUACACAAAAUUGUCGGUUUAAAAUGGGGGUUGAGUAGAAACAAGUUCUUUUCUAUGGAAUCAAAAUUAAGUAAUCCCCAAAUGCUGGAAAGUUUUGACUUGGAAAUUUUAGAAGAGUUAGACCAAGUCAUCUCUGGACAAGAAUUUUCCAGAAACUAUAAUGAAAAUAUCGAUGUUCCUUUGCAAAAUGAAGCUGACUUUAUGCAUUAUGAUAACGAAUCCUUGAACCAACUAAUGGACAUUGAUCUUGAUGGGCUGCUUGGAAUCUUUCCUGAUCUGACAAAUUUAUAA